CCGUAGAGAUUUCCACCAGCCACGGAGGCGGUUAUGCAAUUCGGCCGAGGAGAAAGAGAAGCCGUCUACUGCAGAGACAAAGAAUAUGUGAAUCCGAAAGGCAAGCAUCCCUUCCUGAAAAUUUCCGUCGGAGGAGAGGUCGAGUUCCACAGCGAGUUGAUGGCGUCCAUUGUCAUGCAGAACCUACCGCACGAAGCCCCCUCCAGUAUAUGUUCACGGCUCAGCCCAUCUGCAACCUCCAGUGGCAGGUUGUCCAUGGCAGCAAUUCUGGAUGAUGGGCUUCCUUGUUUUGACUUGAGCAGUGUUUUUGCGCCACUUCGAUUGAACGGUAAUCAGGGUGCUCCUGGUGCUGCUCCUACUCCGCUUCUUACCCUCCCUCCUAACAACAACUCCGGUGUCGGGACUGUUGCUCCUGCCCUGGCCUACUCUGGUCAAUCGAAUGGUGGCGGCUGGUUAGGCAAGCGGGCGUAUACUCUUGAGGAACGUGUGGCGAAGAUUAGUCAGAGACAUGAGGCGGAAGAAGCAAAGGAGAAAGCAUGGAAAGAAGAAGAGGAGAGAAUGAAACGAAAGCAGGAAGAAGACGAUAGGCUGAUGCGGGAAAAGAAAGAACGUGAUGAGUUCCAGCAUUCGAUUAAGCAGAAGCUUGCCGAGAGUUUAAAUAAAGUGUACUCGGCCAUCGAUGGAAAGAAGCGGACUGAACCAGGUGAUGUAGAGCAGUUGAAGGCCACCGUUGAGGGACUGCAACAACGAUUAGCGGGUGCAGGCACUUCUACGGACAAGCAUGCGCAUGAUGCUGCGAUUGAUGAGCUGGCACGUAUUCGACGAGAGCAAGGAGAAAUGAAGGCGGAUGCUGGGAAACGAUUGUCCGCACUGGAAGACGUUGUGAUGACACUGCAAAGGCAGUGUGAGGAAGCUGAAGCUGCUGCUGAGUGAUGGAAGGCGGAGGCUCUGCGUCCCGGUAACAAACGUGGGAGCAUCGC